AUGUCAUUGUCACUAGUCAUGAAGCUCUGCGUAGCGCUUGUGCUCGCAUCUUCCACUAUCACUACCUGUCUGGCCGAGGAUCAGCAGCACGAGGUCGCCUACAUUCGAAGUCUCAAGCACUCGCGUCGUGCUGCGAAAGCCGAGCUCGCUGAAGCUGGUCCUUCAACGCUGGCCAAGCGCGGUCCCACCUACCACGGUCGCGCCACCUACUACGCCGCCGGUCUCGGUGCUUGUGGAAAUUACAACUCCGGAAGCGACUUUAUCGUCGCGCUCAACGCUGCACAGUACGGUGAUCUCGGUCAGCGAUCUUCAUGGUGCGGCAAGUCGAUUGCUAUCACAUACAAUGGAAAUACCCAAUACGCCACGGUGCAAGAUGCCUGCCCGAGUUGUCCCUACGGCGGACUGGAUAUGAGCGAAGGACUCUUCAGGGCGUUUGCUAACCCAAGUGUCGGUGUUUUCCAAAUGUCGUGGACCGCUAACGAUGGUUCUGACGACGACAACAACAACGGCAAGAAGACUUCGACUUCUAGCACGCCCGCCUGGACACCCAGGCCUUCACCUACAAGCACCUGGUCUUCACCUGCUUGGACUCCUUCCACCACAUCGACAAGACGAGCUUCUUCCUCUUCGUCAUCCUCGUCGGCUGCCCGAUCUUCCGCACCCACGAGCUCCACCGCAUCCACCACCACACCCGCAUCCUCAUCCUCAUCCACAUCCUCAUCGUCGUCCGCAUCCACAUCCACCUCAUCCUCCGCGUCCGACGGCUCGGAUUCGCACGCCAACAACCUCGACAGCUUCGCGCUCAUCUACCAGGGUCUCAACCACAUGGCUGUCGCCGCUGCCAGCUAG